CUGUAACACCACAUGACACACGGCAAAGGGAGUGGAUGUGAUAAGAAGCACACACUUUUUUGCACAACUGCCAGACGUUCUAGGGCAGACCUCCAGUGUAUUGAACCAACACCAACUCCACCGUGCAUGGCCAGGGCAAGUUGUCUGUUCUGCUUCUCUUCAGCCACACCAAUGCAGCCUGGGUGACCUGUUCAUACCGCACACAUCUAUGGGUCUCGUGGCCGAUUUGAGCCAAAUGGAUUAGCCGUCCCUGGGAGAAGCUAUCAAAAAAAAAAACAAACAUUAGGGCUGCCUAAAAGAGAACCGCUGAGAAGAACCAAUCCUGCUGGUCGUCAGCAGCCUCCAGUCAACGUCACCAUGAUAGAAACACCUGACAACAGCACCACGCCCCUGAACAGCAGCCACACCAACCUUCUUCUCUCAGUCUACAUCAUCACGUUCAUCACAGGGAUGCCCGCCAACAUCAUCGCCUUGUACACAUUCAUCUUGAAGGUUCGCAACAAGCCCGCCCCCAUCGAUAUCCUGCUGCUGAACCUGACCGUGUCUGACCUCAUUUUCCUGGUCUUCCUGCCCUUUAGGAUGAUCGAGGCCACCUUUGGCAUGCGCUGGGUGCUGCCAUAUUUCUUGUGUCCCUUGAGUGGCUUUGUGUUCUACUCAACCAUCUACAUCAGCACUUGCUUCCUGACGGCUGUGAGCGUGGAGCGCUACUUGGGAGUGGCCUACCCCAUAAAAUACAAGCUCAGGAGGAAGCCCAUAUACGCCAUCGUGGCCAGCGUCUUCUUCUGGAUAGUGUCGUCCGCGAACUGCAGCAUUGUGUAUAUCAUGCAGUACCACGAGUCAGACAACUUCACCGUCGACACAAGAUUUUGCUAUGAGAAAUUCAACGCAGAGCAGCUCAAAAUCCUCCUCCCUGUCCGACUGGAGUUGUUCCUCAUCCUCUUUUGCAUCCCUUUCCUCAUCACCAUGUACUCCUAUAUAAAUUGCAUCCGCAUUCUCAACAGCUUGCCAAACAUCAGCCGUCGGCGGAAGCAGAGAGCCAAUGGGCUGGCGCUGGGCACCCUGUUGGUGUUCAUUCUCUGCUUUGGACCCUACAACAUCUCUCACGUGGUGGGCUUCGUGGAAGGACAGAGUCCUACGUGGCGCGUGGAUGCUCUGCUGCUCAGCACCUUCAAUGCCUGCUUGGAUCCCAUCAUCUUCUAUUUCUCUUCCACCGCGGUACAGAAAGUCUUCGGCCAGUGUUUCAAGGGAAUCUUUGACAAAGUAUGUAAAGUCACCUCUUGUUCAAGGUUCAUGUCCCAUACCAGCUCAAGCAUGGAGCGGACUGACAGCAGCUCCAACACUCUGUGAUUUGCGUCAGUGUUGGCCACAAGUCUGCCGCAUUCUGGACAUUUCAUUAGAAAGGCGAUGCAGGAGAGGAAUUUCCACUGCCAACUUCCAAUUUUCUUCAUUUUAUUUUAAUUUACGGAAGGUGGCGCCUAUUCCACUGUGGCAUGGGGCAGAGGUCAGAAACACACAGAGAAUGUUCUGAUUAUGAAUGCUUAUGACCUUCUAGCAUGCCAUAACCUCUGCCUCUGUCCCAACUGAAAGCUGUCAGUCUAAGAAAUCUACACACUGUUUAUAUUUGUGCCAGUAAUGUCUCCGGCUCCACAUGUGAAAGUAACUAGCGAGUGAACAUGUGCAAUAGUGCUUUGAGAUUUGAACAAAACUCUGCUUCUUCUAGUCAAACUUUGUCUCGUUUCAAAGAACCUGUUACUACGGGGCUGGAGCCAAAAGAGGGGACACCGAUGAAAUGGACAUCCCAAAAGGCUUAUCUUAGUGAGAAUCCACGGACUUUACAGUUACAUCCAAACAGAGGCCUCUUGUCAUUGUGUCUGGCAGCUUUGGUGACUUGAGUUCCCAAAGAUGAGUAGAAGUGUGCUGUGUAAUGUAUUGACAUGGCCAUCUUUAAAAGAGAAGAAGUCUUCAGAUAAAAUCCACCAUACAGCACUUAGACAUUUACAGAAAUGUUAACAAAGCAAAGUGUACUGUGGGGUUGCAAAGCAAGAUUUUCUUUCAGAAUGGCUUUCCAUUUUGUGCUUACAUGGGAUACACAAGCCAACGUGUGCAUAUACACAGAAGCAAGCAAGCCCACCUAUAAAGAACCUUAAACAUACACAAAUAAUGCAUGUAGAUAUUCACAUACGAAUGUGGAAACAAAAACACAAACACACACACACACACACACACACACACACACACACACACACAGGUGCACAAGAAAACACGCAUUGAGAAAAAUACACACACACAGAUCGAUGGGCAACAAAGCAAACAAAGAGAUACAGAAUACUUGGUCAUAGAUACAAGCAGAAACACACGUGUACAUGGACACAAAUACGCAUAUAGAUACAUGGGAAAAAUAAGCAAACAGUGACACACACCACCAUACACAAAUAUUUGCUGUACAUGUAGAAAAACACACACACAUAUACAUGUGCAGAGACACAGAUGUACCAAUACAUACACAAAAACACAAACAGAUACACAAAUAGCAAAUAAACAGACUAGGUACACACAUGCAUGCACAUCUGUACACAUAUAUACAGAUAUAUAGGCAAAAAAAUGACACACCAACUCUUUUACCAUGCAUAUACAGUAGAUGGAGCAUAUCACUUAUGAAAAUGAAAUAUACUGUAAAAUACCCAAGAAAUAUGUAGGCAUAUGAUUGACCUAAAUAUAUGUUACAUUGUAUUGAAAGAUAUAUUUUUUAAAUUAUAACCGCAUUAUAAGGAAAGAUGCUUUGUCAUUAGUAUAAUGUAACAAAUGUAUUGUGUAUAAGAUUUGUCAUAUACUGUGUGUCCAGGACCACCGAUGGUCAUUCAAGACCCUCCUUCUUACCAGGAAAAUUGUAAAUGCAG